UGUUAGCACCAGAUGCCACCUCAAAAUUACAGAAUUGGCAGAUUUCCUUUCCCUGAUUUUUGGUGCUAACAAACCAAAAAGUUGUUAAAGGGGAAGAGAAACCAAAGCCGGACCGACCUAGGUUAUUUCUGAGGAAUUCUCUAAGCUUCAAGGUUUCCAGUCCUGCUUCACUCGGCUCCGUUCCAUUCUUCCUGCCUUCCAUCGUUCGUCCUUCCUUCCCCUGGGAGAUCCCUCUGGCAGUGAAGCUCUGGGUUUUCACAGCUUGAACAUCCUGGUACAAUAUCCCACAAUCUGAGGCAGCAGAAAUGGGAGCAGUCUCAGCAGGGACCACGAUGGAAUAAGCUGGAAGGGAGGUCCUGGACCCUGACUUCUCUGCGCACCGAGGUGCUCAAGAACAGUGAUGGCAAACUUCAAGGGCCAUGCUCUCCCAGGGAGUUUCUUCUUGAUAGUUGGACUGUGGUGGUCAGUGAAGUACCCACUGAUGUACUUCCGCCAGAAGGGGAAGAGAAGCCAACUGACUCAUUACCAUCAGCGUCUUGAGAUCAUUGAAGCCGCGAUCAGAACUUUGUUUUCAGUUGUUGGGAUCCUGGCGGAGCAGUUCGUUCCAGACGGGCCCCACCUCCACCUGUACCAUGAAAACCAGUGGGUAAAGCUAAUGAAUUGGCAGCACAGCACCAUGUAUUUGUUCUUUGCCGUCUCGGGAAUCAUGGAUAUGCUCACCUAUCUCAUCACCCACGUCCCCCUGGGGCUGGACAGAUUGGUUAUGGCUGUGGCAACAUUCACCGAAGGUUUUCUCUUCUACUACCACGUCCAUAACCGGCCGCCCUUGGACCAGCACAUCCACUCCCUGCUGCUGUGUGCAGUGUUCGGAGGGGCUUUCAGCAUCUUCCUAGAAGUGAUCCUCCGGGACAAUAUUGUGCUGCAACUUUUCCGAACCAGUCUUGUGAUUCUCCAGGGCACCUGGUUCUGGCAGAUCGGGUUCGUGCUGUUCCCACCUUCUGGAGAACCGGAAUGGGACCAGAAAGAUGACGCUAACAUCAUGUUCGUCACCAUGUGCUUCUGCUGGCACUAUUUGGCUGCCCUCUGCAUUGUGGCCAUCAGCUACUCUCUGGUGUACUGCCAUCUGACUCGGUUUAAGAGGCAUGGAGGAGAAAUCAUUGGCAUUCAGAAGCUGAAGUCAGAUCCCACUUACCAGACGUCCCUCUUGGGUGGCUCAGAUGAGGAAUGAGAGGCCACCAGCCAUUGACGUGGGGCGCACAUGCCCCUUUGAGUCCGAACAGCUGGCAUGUGCAAAGGGGAGGCUCAUCUCCCUUUCAAUGCUUGCUUGCUUUGGUCUGCUCUUAAGGUUUUAUAGAUUAAGGUUCUAUACAUUUGCACCUUCUCGUUUAACUAAAGUCUGUGUUGCUGCGGUAUCCUUCAUAAAGAAAAAUGAAGCAAGCCUUCACUUGUGUCUCAGUAUGAAGACAGAUCAAAGACUCUCCAAGUUUCAGAACAGGAUGUGGCCUCAUGGAGGAAUCCAGGAUAUGAAUCCGGCAGAAAAUACCGCUUUUGGUAACAUAUCCCCUUUUUUCUCUCAAGAAUACAGGUACUUUCUUAUCAGAAAGUAAGUAAAUGAGACUGCCUUUAUUUUAAAGAUACAAUUCCAGCACAGAUUUUUUUAAGUAAAAAAGUUCACAAGCUUUGAUACAUUAAAUGUUAUCUGUUAAGCAUUUCCUAUUUAACCAGUAAUACUCCAGAGUACUGCAAUACCACUGAUAAGUGAUGACACUGGGCCAAAGGUGACUUUUGUUUUUUUUUUUUUGUUUUUAAAUCAGGAAGCUAGUUAAUGGCCCAGCUAAGAGCUGGAAUACAGAUAUUCUAGGUCCUCAGAAGUACCCUAAUCAGAAGAUGCUAACAGAAAGUCUGUGUAAUGAGGUAGGGGAAAAAGUGGCAGGUUAUAAAGACCUUGAAUUUAAAUACAGCUGAAAGCAAAGGGUAAAAAUCCUGCAAAGGGUAAGAAUCCUGCAAAGGAUGUGGACCUUGAACUAGUAAUAUAAAGUCUUGACACUCUAAUCUUGGUUCUGGAUUUUUUUUCUUUUUUUAAAACGUCCUUCAACAAGUGUUUAUUGGACAUCUGCUUUGCACCAGCACUGAAAUGGUGGGAAGGAUUAAUGAGAUCCAUGUCCAGCAAGGAAUUCAGUCUAAUGGGGAAGAAAUGCAAGCAGUUGCAUGCAGGGUGACUGGUGCCAUAAGGGUAAGUACAACCUCCCAUGAGACGCCUGGGAGGGGAGGAGAUGGGGAGCGUGCCCAGUAGAGACAGCAUGCUCCAGGCGGAGAGAACAAAGGCCAUGAAAUCAUUAAAGAACACGGAGAGUGAAUUAAGUUCUACACACUGACAACAGUGUGGGCCAGGACAAAUCUGAGAGGCUUUCUGGACAAACAGUACGGUGCUUCCCGCACUCUGAAAUGCACCGUAUCCCACGUGAUUCACACAGCCGCCCCUAAUGGAAGCGCACGGGGUUCUGCAGAGAAGCUGAUCAGCCGAAGGCCACACAGCUAAAGCCAGCCUUCCGGACUCAAAAGCCAGCUCACUUCUCGUUAGAGCCUCCUUGCUAUUUCACACAAAUAGAGGAGAGAUCUUU